AUGGCUCAGCAGCUCGAAACAAUUGAUGAAACCAUCACCAUCAAUGGCAAAACCGGGCAGUACACCGGAUCGGCAUACCCUAUCACUUCUCCUGGAUGGAACAUCAUUUUCGGAUACGAUCCUCAUGGAAGGGGUAUAUUGAGAUACAGCGACGGCAGCGUCUACGAUGGCCAAUGGGAGCAUAGCAACUACUCAGGAUCAGGAAAAUAUACUUCAAAAGACGAGGAGUAUGUCGGAUCAUGGGUCGACGGACUCAAAUCAGGCCAUGGGAAAUUGAUUACAAGCGACGGGCAGAUUAUCUAUGAUGGCUGGUUUGCAAACGACAAGAGAUCCGGCGCCGGCACCCUCAAUUACGUCCAAACAGGCGUCAGUUACACGGGCCAGUGGAGCAAAGACGUGCCCAGUGGGAAGGGCACUUGGAAAUGGGCAGAUGGAAGUUGGUGGGAGAGCACAUGGGGAGGAUCCAAUGGUAAAACUGCCAGCGGUAGCGGGAGGACGCGCCGUCUUUUCGCGAAUGGCGACCUUUAUGAGGGAGAGACGACUAACCACGAGAUGACUGGCACGGGCAAGGUCACUUUGUCGAGCGGCGAAGUGUAUCGCGGCCAGGUGAAGAACUCCAAAAGGCAUGGCCAAGGCAGCUUCAAGACAUUGGAUGAGAUGCUGUAUGAGGGGAAGUGGGUUUAUAAUAACAAGUCGGGUCGCUUCAGAAUCACUGACCUGGCGAAGGGCAAGGUGAGGCACCGUAAUUAUUGA